AUGGCCGAGGCCCCCCCGCGCCGCCUCGGCCUGGCCCCCCCGCCCGGGGACGCCCCCCGAGCCGAGCUGGUGGCGCUCACCGCGGUGCAGAGCGAGCGGGGCGAGGCGGGCGGGGGCGGCUCCCCGCGCCGCCUCGGCCUUCUGGGCAGCCCCCUGCCGCCGGGCGCGCCCCUCCCUGGGCCGGGCUCGGGCUCGGGCUCCGCCUGCGGCCAGCGCUCCUCGGCCGCGCACAAGCGCUACCGCCGCCUGCAGAACUGGGUCUACAACGUGCUGGAGCGACCCCGCGGCUGGGCCUUCGUCUACCACGUCUUCAUAUUUUUGCUGGUCUUCAGCUGCCUGGUGCUGUCCGUGCUGUCCACAAUUCAGGAGCACCAGGAACUUGCCAACGAGUGUCUCCUCAUCUUGGAAUUCGUGAUGAUCGUGGUGUUUGGCCUGGAGUACAUCAUCCGCGUUUGGUCCGCGGGAUGCUGCUGCCGCUACCGAGGAUGGCAGGGCCGCUUCCGCUUUGCCAGAAAACCCUUCUGUGUCAUCGACUUCAUCGUGUUCGUGGCCUCGGUGGCCGUCAUCGCCGCGGGCACGCAGGGCAACAUCUUCGCCACGUCUGCGCUGCGCAGCAUGCGCUUCCUGCAGAUCCUCCGCAUGGUGCGCAUGGACCGCCGCGGCGGCACCUGGAAGCUGCUGGGCUCCGUGGUCUACGCGCACAGCAAGGAGCUGAUCACCGCCUGGUACAUCGGAUUCCUGGUGCUCAUCUUUGCCUCCUUCCUGGUCUAUCUGGCCGAGAAGGACGCCAACUCUGACUUCUCCUCCUACGCCGACUCGCUCUGGUGGGGGACGAUCACACUGACAACCAUUGGCUAUGGUGACAAGACACCGCACACGUGGCUGGGCAGGGUCCUGGCUGCCGGCUUCGCCUUACUAGGCAUCUCCUUCUUUGCCUUGCCUGCCGGCAUCCUUGGCUCUGGCUUUGCCCUGAAGGUGCAGGAGCAGCACCGGCAGAAGCACUUCGAGAAGAGGAGGAUGCCUGCAGCUAACCUCAUCCAGGCUGCGUGGCGCCUGUACUCCACCGACACGAGCCGGGCCUACCUGACGGCCACCUGGUACUACUAUGACAGUAUCCUCCCAUCCUUCAGAGAGCUGGCCCUCUUGUUUGAGCACGUGCAACGGGCCCGCAAUGGGGGCCUACGGCCCCUGGAGGUGCGGCGGGCGCCGGUACCCGAUGGAGCACCCUCCCGUUACCCGCCCGUUGCCACCUGCCACCGGCCGGGCAGCGCCUCCUUCUGCCCUGGGGAAAGCAGCCGGAUGGCCAUCAAGGACCGCAUCCGCAUGGGCAGCUCCCAGCGACGGACGGGCCCCUCCAAGCAGCACCUGGCGCCUCCACCGAUGCCCACCUCCCCGAGCAGCGAGCAGGUGGGUGAGGCUACCAGCCCCACCAAGGUACAGAAGAGCUGGAGCUUCAAUGACCGCACCCGCUUCCGGGCCUCCCUGAGACUCAAACCCCGCACCUCUGCUGAGGAGGGCCCCUCGGAGGAAGUGGCAGAGGAGAAGAGCUACCAGUGUGAGCUCACAGUGGACGAUGUCAUGCCUGCCGUGAAGACGGUCAUCCGCUCCGUCAGGAUCCUGAAAUUCCUGGUGGCCAAAAGGAAAUUCAAGGAGACGCUGCGACCCUAUGACGUGAAGGACGUCAUCGAGCAGUACUCGGCCGGGCACCUGGACAUGCUGGGCCGGAUCAAGAGCCUGCAGGCUCGGGUGGACCAGAUUGUGGGCCGGGGGCCGGGGGACCGGAAGGCCCGAGAGAAGGGAGACAAGGGGCCCUGUGACACGGAGGCAGUGGAUGAGAUCAGUAUGAUGGGACGCGUGGUCAAGGUGGAGAAGCAGGUGCAGUCCAUCGAGCACAAACUGGACCUGCUGUUGGGCUUCUACUCGCGCUGCCUGCGCUCUGGCACCUCGGCCAGCCUAGGCACCGUGCAAGUGCCGCUCUUCGACCCCGACAUCACCUCCGACUACCAUAGCCCUGUGGACCACGAGGACAUCUCCGUCUCCGCACAGACGCUCAGCAUCUCCCGCUCGGUCAGCACCAACAUGGACUGAGGGGCUUCUCAGGGGCGGGGCAGCACACGGCCAGCCCUGGGCCUGGGGCUCGGACCCGCCCUCUGAGGCCUCCGGACUCCUCUCUUACUUGAACUUGCUCCCUUGUGGGGAGAGAGGCCACACGCAGUAUUGAGCUGCUUGAGUGGGCGAGAUACCCGCCGUGGGGGUGCCAGCGACCCACCCCACCUCAGGAGCGUGAGA